ACGAAUAAUUACAUUUAAUAUCCCGACGGUUCAAAAAAAGCGACGAGGUAAAGAACCGUAAAGAAACCCUCGAAGGAGCUUAUAUAUCGCUCACCUAAAAAAACUAAUUACAUUAACAAAAAAAAGUUUAUAACUUAUUCCUAUGAACUAGGGCUUCCAUCUGUGGUUGCAUUCAUGUAAUGUUUAGAAUUUAAUUCGUACCCUGACUCUUGAGCUCAACGUCUUGCUAAGAGCCAAUCUCGGUUGCAAACAAGUGUUUCAAGAGAUUCAGCGCUAAGACAACUUUGGUAGUCGCUUAGAAUGUUGCCGCUAGAACUGAAUUCUUGUUCCACUGCUACGGUUGAUACCGGGACGGAUAAAACAUGUCUGGCUAGCAUUCCGAGACAUGGGAACAUGUGUUCGUUCCGCUUCCACCAUGCGAGGACAUCAAACUCCACGUCGUCGUCAUAAUCGCAUGGCACCCCUUGGUACAUAGCAAGUUUGUUGUGUGAGCUUACAGUUGUACCACCUGAACUCGUCGAACGCUGACCACGCUUACCUUUUUUUGCCAAAAGCCCACCGACUAUUCCUUUAAAACCUUUUUUUGAUUUGGGGGCGGAGGAGAUGUAGUUUCUUCCGGUGCAUUACCGUAUAUUCCUUGAAAUUCUUUAAAUAAAGCCUCGAAAAGAUUAAUAGCAUUAUCUCUUUCUUUUUUGCAUUCUAUUAAAUGGUUGUAGUAACAAUUAUUUUCAUCUAAAAAACAAGUGUAGUAUUAGUCAAUCGGAAUUUUAAAAAUUUCAAUCUUAAAGCGAGGAUCACAAAUAAUACCAAAUUUAUAAAUAUCAGGAAUGUACAAAUAAUAAGCACAUUGUUUAUCCCUCAUAGAAGAGACAUAUAUAGGGGUAUAAGUCUGGAUCAGCUAUACUUUGACUAAAAUAUGUUGUAGUUGUAAUACACUUUUUAAAAAAUCUAUUAGUGAAGUGUGUGGUGGAUUCCCAGCAUAUAUCUUUUUGAGUGGAUAGCCCUAUUCCAUCUUCCGAGAUAAUAUAAUUAAUGGCCAGCUUCUUUCUUUUCCCAUUGGAAAAGGCGUGAAAAACCUUGGAGUUGGAGUCCCCAUUUUCAAGCCAUCCUGCAUUCGCUUUUUGCUUCCAAUAAGCCACUUCUUUGUGAGUAGCUAGUAGCAGCUUGGCGUUGGCCUCCUGGGCUUUCUCACGAUUUGCUUCGGAUGGAUCUUCCUCAUAACGCAGCUGGGUUUGGGUUGCUUGAUCCUCUUCCACAGUUAGAUUAUCAAAGAUAUUUCCAAACUCUUUCUUGUUCCACUCCCUAAGACAACCCUUUAGAUCUUUUAGUUUGGCCACUAGUCCACGCAUGCCACCACAGGUGAGACUUUUAUUCCAACUGUCCUUAACCACUUGGAGGAACUAGUUGUGGUGUAUCCAGGCAUUGAGGAAUCUGAAGGAAGAUGGCCCGCGGUCUUGGCUAGAGUGACAAGAGAAGAGGACAGCUUUGUGAUCACUACAAGCUUUGGGUAAGUGGUGAGUGAAAAAGUUAGGAAAGGAUGAUUAGAAUGCUAGGUUAACCAGGACUCUGUCCAACCUAUGCCAAGUUUUCCCACGGCUCCUUGUGCCAGACCACGUAAAGAGACCAUCUGGACAGAACAGGUUGCAUGCUUCAAUGCACGAGUUGAACUCUUCCAUUCCUUGUGCACUUGGUUCACACGUACCUUUGUUUCUGUAGGGGAAGAGAUAGCAUUAAAGUCACCUCCCACCACCCAAUUAUGAUUAAUGUUACUCCUCGCUUGCAAGCUCUCCCAGAGAUGCUUUCGUUCAACCACCGUGUGAGCCCCAUACACACAAGAGAUGGUAAGGUUGGUGUUGGAGUAGUUUACCAUGGAAAAGUUGCAGUGAGUAACUUGCUCUUCAUCAUUAGAGCUAACCAAAUGAAGCAUGCUAGAAUCCCAAAAAAUCCAUCUCUUGUUAUUAGCCGAAGAGAGAUGGCUGUUGUAACCCAAUUUAAAACCGUAGGUAGAUAUGUGUGAGGCCGAAACCUUAGGUUCAAAAAGACAGAAGAAAGAAGGGGUGUGAAUCCUCUUGAGGGAAAGUAGUCUGUCAAGGGAAGAGGGCACCCCAUAGACAUUCGAAAAAAUCUGCUGCAUUUGG